ACUAGCUGUCAGUCAGUUGAGAGGAAUUGAGUGAGCUGUCACCGUCAGAGAGGCGACAUAUCUGGUUGAAUGGCGCUGUUUGAGCGACUUAACUAGGGAGGGUUGCAUGCCCACUCAUUCUGACAGAGAGGAAAUGCUACGUAUGUGUCAUCUCCUACACUGCCUCAAUAGUUCCUGUUAGAAUGGUAAAAAAAAAACAGAGUAACAGGACAAAGGAAAGAACCUGAAAAAUCGUUUAAGACAUCUUGUGCUUCUGGGGCCCAAGAUAGAUAAGUGAGGAUGUAAACAGAAGAUUGGAGAGACAGGGGAGAAAUAACGAAACGUCGAAAGAGAGACAAGAGCGUGAAUACAGUGGAGGCAACCGGAAACUUGUGGUCAAACAGGCAGCGUACAGCUGCGGAGGCAGCGGUGUUAACUUGGCGCUCGUAAAUUUCAGCACUGAGAGCGUAGCAUGAGGGUGUACAAGACCUGCAGCACUGUUUGGUCCAUGAUUGCACAGAACAGGUUGAUAGACCCACAAUGCAUGUGAGACAUGACCAACAAGGCCCUCUGGGAUAGCUCAAAGAGUAUGCACAGCAUGGAGCCAACAGUCGGCUGCUCCCCAACAGUUCCAGAGCCAGAGCUCUACCGCAGUGUCCAGGCUGUACUGCCCAGGGAAACGGACAAUCAGCAGCCAUCAGACUGUUUUAACAAAGGCAUGCUGAGAUGGACACUGCAUAAGAAGGUUCAAAAUAAUCCCAGCAACAGCUUGUCUCUGGUAUGGGUGCUGAUAAAAGAGCUGGAAAAGGCUGAGAGGUGGGACUCUCGCAAAUGCAUCAUCCCUCUGCUUCACACACUGAUGUAUGCCAUCAUUCAGACAGCCUACAUUCCAGAUGAGUUAUACAAGCGGGUUUACGACUUCUGUAAGAGACUCCUGACCUACCCUCACCCCUACUGCACCGUAGGCCUCAGCUACACGAGACAGAUCAAAACUGAACGUGCCAAUCCAGGCCUGAUGUACCAGAGGAUGCUCACAGCAGAGCAGGGACUGAAAAAUGAGCGCUAUCCCUUUCAGGAGCGGGUCUUUGUUCUUGCGGACCCUGAAGUCUUCUCUGGUUCUUUGGGAGAAGUCCUGGCAGGUGAUAUUGAGGCUUCAGCUUCAGGUGGACCUCUGUGUCCUCUGGAUCACAUGCGCAGCGUGGUCCAACACUCCAUACAGGCAGCUUUAGGAGCAGAGCAGUGCCACGGGCAGAAGCUAGCUCAAGCCUUAAAGGACAUGGGCCAAAACGUUGAGCCGUACUUUCAGGAAGUGUUGGCGACUCUUGAACAGAGCGCGGAGGAGGGCGGCAGAGGGGAGGGGAGAGCGCUGAGGAGUCGUCUUCAGCAGCUGUACAGCGAGAUCGUGGCCGACACAGACUCAGAGCCAUUGUCUAGUGGACCACUGUGUGACUGCCCUCUCCCUAACCCAGAGAUGAGCUUCCACCUGUGGACCGAGGACCUGGAUAUAUGGCGAGAACUGGCCAGGUGGUUUCGAUCCAGCUCUAUGUCAGAGCAGUUCUGCCUCAGCCAGGAGCAGGAGGACUUUGAGCUGGGUGAGUCACCUGGUGACCUGAUGCCCUCUGACGUGGCUCGAUUCUCUGUCAUGUCCAAUGACAGUGGCAUCGAAAGAGACCUGCCCCCCAGCGCUGAUCUCUCCCUGCUGUCAUCCCUGGACACUUCCAGCAUGAGUGCAUCAUGGGAACAAUGCAAAAGUGAGCUGGAUGCAUCUAAGCUCUCGCGCCGGGGAGGCAUCAAGAUGAAGCCAUCUGUGAAGGACAGUAUGGUGCUGAUGCAGAACACCCUGGAGGACAACGCAAGCCUCGCAGUAGCAGGAGGAAAUGGAGGGAGAGGAGGAAGAAGAGGGGCGACUCUGCAGAGGCGGGCAGGAAGCAACACCAUGCAGAACCCCUUCCCCAAACAGCAGAAACACUUUACUGCAAGGAUAGUCGCUAUUGGGGAUGACAGGGUGCUUGGUCGCCUGGCUAAGGCCUACUUCUUCUUCAAGAAAAGGGAAGCACGGAGGCUUUUUCUUACAAUGAAAGUGAACCUCCAGUUUUACUACAUCCCUGUUUGCAGGGCCACAACUCCCUUCUCCCCUGUCAAGGUCAAUCCCUGUGCUCUCGGUUCCUACUUGAGCAUGGUGGACCCAUGGUACAACUCUAACAUCAGGAGUUUAGGCUGCAUGAUCCCAAAGCUGGCUGACAUGCAACAGGCCAAUCCAGGGAGGUCAAAAGACCCCUUUGUGUCUGAUGUCAUUUCCUACUACGUCCGUACCGGCCAGCAGCCCGUCUACUUCACCAUCUACUUUGUUAAGAUCACAUUCACCAGUGGGACAAAGGAUCCUGCGGAAGAAGUGUUUCUUACUCAUCUAGAAAUGGCGUUUCCUGAGUUCAGACAGAUCGCAGCGUCAAUCAAAGAUAAACAGAAGAGGAGCUCAGGGGAGGUGUGUGGAGCUGUUGUCUCGAUGAAUUACAGGAAGGUAACACUGAGUGGUCGAGACAUUGACAAAGGAAUCUCGGUCAGGACAUCAGGCGCUCAGAUCAGCGCCAUUCCCUCCAAUGAAACAGAAGAUCUGAACUGUCUGACACUGACAUUGAAUGAAUAUCCAACAAAAACCAAGAACAACUUUGUGGAAUCAAAGAUUCGGACCAACAACAUUAAGAUUCGCAGUUUGGAGAGUCGGUCUUUCACUGUGACUCUGGACAAAGAUUGUCGCAGGACAUACAGAGAUGUGCAGAGCAUCGAGAUCUCCCCCUGUCUUGAUCCUGGAUACUGCGUCCAGAAAACCAUGAGGUCCAAAUUCAAGCUGGGAGAGGACAAGGACGCUGGACUGAGCAAAUACAUGAACAAAGGACUUCCUCUACCAAUCAACACGUUUGCUGGCAUCAUCACUUGACGCGAUGGAGUUACCCUAUGAGGAAUCUAGUAUAACCACUCUGCGGUUUUGAGUUUAAUAGAAGAAAUGAUUGGUGCUUAUUGGUCUGGUCUUAACACGGAAAGACAAAUAGAAUCACCUUUUAGUCAUAGUGAGCUGCUCCAGAGACCACAGUGUUUCACUUCUGUCAGUCGGGACUGACCACCAUGUGUGGAACAACACUGUAGAUCAAUAUCAACUUGAGGCCAAAUGGAAUGCGUUGGAUGCAGCUGAUAGAUGUCAGGGGUGUUUCUUUCACAGGAACAAAAUUUUAUUUAACUGCAGGGUAUGAUACUAAACAUACUUUACAACAGUCUGUAAAUACAUGCAGAUUGGGAUGAUGCCAAAGAACAAUAUUACCUAUGAGACUGGAGAAACCAGCAGGGAAAAACAAGCAAGCAAUUGGUGUGUACCUUUCAAGAAGACUGACAUCUGGAAAAUCAGAUUUGAAAGGUUGAUUGUAGCAAUUGUUCUACGGCUAAGACACACUACCUUUUUACUGCCUCCUUGAAACACACACACACACACACACACACACACAGACACCCUGCCAGCUGUAGGAACGUGGGGAUUGUUGAAAUACUGGUACGAUAAUAGCUGACUGUUCACGGUAGACUUAGUCUCAACUGAAUCAUUCCAGUAAACCAGUUACUCUUGUACCUCCCACAUUACUGUAAUAUGACGGUGCAGAAGUUUGAUAUAACCCUUGUUUUUAGUGUUUGGAAGUUGUUUUGGAAAGUUUCAAGAACCACACUAUGUUCAGUGCACAAGCCACGAGCAGUGUCAGGGAUUAUUACAGAACAGAAGCAUUUGUGUUUGACUGUGUCAGAGGGACGUAGAUCAUUUCUACAUAUAAAGUAGCUGUAAGACUGGAGACUGCUGACUUUGUCCUUGGCACCACUGUCUACUUACCACUCGUACAAGAUUCUGUGUUGCGUGCUUGAUACUGUACAACACGAAGAGCUUAACUUGGAGACACUCAAAUUGAAACUUGCUCACAAACUGUAUCAGCCUGGAGGUGUGAAAAUCCCCCCCGGCACUGUUUGCUUUUUUGUUUUUUGUUUUUUUACAGUCAGCUGGAAAUGAUAUACUGAGACUAAAAUGGCAGUUUUUUUAAACCAAUUUCCUUGUUGGAGUGGCUCAACAGUGCAGCAACUGUGUGUAAAGCAUCCAAUAGAACUGUCAUUACUUUGCGAUUCAUGCAUUUUUUUUAAUACCCUCUAAGGGCAUGCAAGAUGUAACAUAACUAUUUAUUCACAUUCUAUAUAAUAUACAAGUUAUUAGAUCACAUAGUCAAGAAAAGCUCUCGAGCCUAUUUCUGUUUCUCACACACAGGUAUGAUUUCAAGCAGUAAAAGGUCAACAGCCUCAGGAACAGGAAGUCAUGAGAUAUUCAGUGCACAACAUAAACUCAUGUGAUCGUGUGUGUCUGCAGCCUGGCAGGAAGUAAAAUCAUCAGUUUUUUACAUUCAUAAUCAAUUUUGCACAUUAUUUUCAUUCAAAUGAGGAGCACCUUUAAAAUCAAAAUGUAAGUCUGUAAAUAAAUAAUUUUGUUUUGUAAAAACAA